AUGUCCGCCUCGGUGGGGCCCCAGGGCGGCCCUCGCCCACCCACCGUGCCACCAUCCAUGCCGGAUCUGCCGGACCUCAGCCACCUCACCGAGGAGGAGAGGAAGAUCAUCAUGGCAGUGAUGGCUCGGCAAAAGGAGGAAGAGGAGAAAGAACAAGCCAUGCUAAAAACACUGCACCAGCAGUUUGAGAGCUACAAACAGGAGGUGCGUCGCAUCGGGGCGGAGACACGGCGUCAGCAGACCCAGCAGAAGGACGACGCGCCCACCUGCGGUAUCUGCCGCAAGACCAAGUUUGCCGACGGCUGCGGCCACCUCUGCUCCUACUGCCAGACCAAAUUCUGUGCUCGCUGUGGGGGACGGGUCUCUCUGCGCUCCAACAAUGAGGACAAAGUGUGUCUCAUAGUGAAGGACAGGGUAAUGUGGGUAUGCAACCUGUGCCGUAAGCAGCAGGAGAUUCUCACCAAAUCAGGAGAAUGGUUUUCGGGGUCAGGGGUGCGGCCUGGGAGCCUGGGCACCUCCUUGAACGACCCAGCCACGGGAGGUGAGGCCCAACGGGACAGGAAGCUACUUCGCUCCAGGUCCCAAGCCCCGCCCUCCGGCACCAACAUCAACGCAGGACCAGACGGGACACAGCCGCCCGCUGGUAUCACUGCUGCUAAGGGUGCUGAAACCAUGCCUGGAUCGCGCUCCCAAAGUGAACCACCUAGAGAAAAGAAACGGCCAGUUUCCCUCCAUGAACAAAAUGGUAAGGGAGGCAUGGGGCGUGGUAGUGGCCGGAGACCUGCUGGGAAGUUGCCGUCUCAGUCAUCGCUGGAUGAGCGAGUGGGACCUGGGGACAGAGGAGAAAGACGGUUGGGAGAUGGACGGAGGCUGGAGAAGAUCCAUUCUCAGGACUAUGAGGAUGGGGACGAGAACUUGGUUUGUUCAGAAACACACAGGAGACGCCCAGAGGAUGAGGAGCAGAGGGAACGGCAGCGCCGCGAGGAGGAGUUCCAGAAUCGUUACCGUAGUGACCCCAACCUGGCUCGAUACCCAGUAAAACCACAGAAGGAGGAGCAGGAGAUGCGCAUGCAUGCUAAGGUGUCCAAGGUGCGUCACGAACGACGACACAGUGAUCUUGCGAUAAAUGAGGUUGGACUGGGACCUGGUGAAGGAGGAGGUGGAGGAGGCAAUGCAGGUGAGGUGCCUGAAAACCGCCUGGCCAGGAGGGGCGGAGGUGGGGAGGGAGACCGCACGGCCCUCCUUGAGAACCACCGAGCCUACUCUGUGGAUAGGACCGUGGGGGUUGGAGGGGGGCCUCCACCUGCUGGAGGUGGAUUGAGAUCAGGACCCCAACUUGGGGGACCAGUGCCUCCAGACUGGGGUCCGAACAAGGGCCGCCUAGAACCUGGUACAACACGGACACCAAGGGACAAAGGUGGGGAUAACCUGCUGAGGAAGGACUCCCAGAGCUCGGACCAGUCGGAGUCUUUGCGGCCGCCCCCUCCACGGUCAUACAAGAGCAAGCGCGGAGUCAACAAGAGGCAGAUGUCCAUCAGCAGCUCAGAGGAGGAGGGCGGCUCCACGCCCGAGUACACCAGCUGUGAGGACGUGGACAUGGAAAGCGUCAGCGAGAAAGGUGACUGGGACUGUCAUCCUCUCGAUCCCACAGUGUGGCAUCAUCCAGUUACAUGGCAGCCAUCUAAAGAAGGUGACCACCUGAUCGGACGCAUCACGCUAAGCAAGCGGUCGGCCAUGCCCCGUGAGGCUGGUUCCCUCCUCGGCCUGAAAGUGGUAGGAGGGAAGAUGACAGAGACAGGGAGACUUGGGGCCUUCAUCACCAAAGUAAAGAAAGGCAGCCUGGCAGAUGUCGUGGGACACCUACGAGCAGGUGACGAAGUGCUACAGUGGAAUGGGAAGUCGUUGCCAGGAGCAACCAAGAAAGAGGUGUACAACAUUAUCCUUGAAUCCAAGGCUGAACCUCAAGUGGAAAUAGUUGUUUCAAGACCUAUUGGCUCUAUCCACCGAAUUAUGUCCAAAAACUUCUUGAGAAAAGUGUAUAGAGCAUAUCAAGACAUCCCAAGAAUCCCAGAGUCAUCCCACCCUCCUCUAGAAUCAACAGGCUCCAGCUCCUUUGAGUCUCAAAAGAUGGACCGCCCCUCUAUAUCAGUGAUGUCCCCUACCAGCCCUGGGACCCUCCGAGAUCUUCCUCUGGUGCUGCCUGGCCAGCUCUCUGUGAAGCUGUGGUACGACAAAGUGGGCCAUCAGUUGAUCGUCAACGUCCUUCAAGCCAUAGACCUGCCAACUCGACCCGACGGACGACCUCGAAACCCUUACGUCAAAAUGUACUUCCUGCCUGACAGGAGUGAUAAGAGUAAACGAAGGACUAAAACAGUGAAGAAGAGCGCUGAGCCCAAGUGGAACCAGACCUUCAUAUAUUCCCACGUUCACCGGCGGGACUUCAGAGAACGCAUGCUAGAGAUCACUGUCUGGGACCAGCCCAGAGUGCAGGAGGAGGAGAGUGAAUUCCUGGGCGAGAUCCUGAUAGAGUUGGAGACGGCCUUGCUGGAUGACAUUCCUCACUGGUAUAAGCUCCAGACUCACGACGUGUCCUCCAUACCUCUGCCCCAGCCGUCUCCUUACCUCCCACGCAGACAUGUCCAUGGAGACAGCCCCAGCAAGAAACUACAGAGGUCUCAUCGCAUCAUUGAUACAGAGUUUGAUGAUGGUUUGAUGGUAGAGACUAAAGGUGCAGAGCGUAACUCCAGGGAGAGAGAGCGGGGCAGUACGUUGGCCGUGCCUGAGCAGCAGCGGCCUGUCCAGCACCGCUCCCGCUCGGUGUCUCCUCACAGAGAGGACUCCUGCAGGGCCCGGUCACGGCCCGCACAUGUGCCCAUGCAAAGGAGUCUGGAUGAGAUCCAUCAGAACCGCCACCACUCCCACUCCCCCUCCUGCUACUACGACUCCCCCUUGGAGCACCAGCGUUCCGGUGACUCGGACUAUGAGUACUCUGAGGACAGUGAGGUCCUGGAGAUGCACAGGUCUAUCCGGGGCGGGAGUGCCGAGUGCCUGCACACAAACAGGGGCGUAGGUAGAUACAGCAACACACUCCCCCCCAAAAUGCCCCUGUUAGUAAAUGGUAUCCAUAAAGACAUUUACAGCUCCACCCUCCCUGCAUGCCUAAAGAGCAAGCCGCCCCACAGACAGGAGGCGCUUAGCACCAUGCCUCGUAGCAUCCUCACACACCGUGUACUCAGGUUUACUGAUGAGGUCACGGUUAGUGACCUGCAGCCGUCGUUGGACAGAGUGAGGAGUGCCAGCACCACUUGUCUGAGACCAGACACCAACUUUCACUCCCCUGACAGAGACAGGUCCUCCAACUCUUUGCCCCGCAAGACUCCCCCAAGUCCCAGGAUCUUAGUAGAACAUGUGGCCCCUGAGGAAGACAGGCAGUGUAGCAAUUCAUCAAGUCCAAACUGUCUCAGGGGCAGCAAAAAAAGCCUGGAGGGGGACAGUCGUAUCCAGCCCACCUCUAUCCUAAGGGGCAGCAGGGGGAGAGGGGGCCCGCUGAGGCCCUUUGGCCAGACACCCCUGGCUGGGUCCUGCCCAAACUCACCACGGCUAGACAGAGCACACCCUCACGGCAGCCCCUCUUCUCCAACGGGGACUCCCUCAUCAGGUCGCAGGGGCAGGCAGCUGCCGCAGCUCCCUGCAAAGAGUAGCAGCAUAGAGCAAGCCCUUACAGUGGAGGCGCGAGCCCGACCGCUGCAGAUGAAAGUACAUUCCUACCGGCCUUCAGCCUCCCUCGACCCUGAAACAAAGCUCAAGACCAAACGGGAGAUGUACGCAGAACAGAGGCGUAGCAGCGACAACAUGUCGGGCAGAUCAUCAGAAAGUGAUAUAAGCGAUGUGUCCGCCCUCUCCCGUGCCAGCAGUGCCUCCCGGCUCAGUAGCACCAGCUACAUGUCUAUCCAAUCAGAACGACCUGGGGGACGACUCAGAUCCAAGUCAUUAGAGGAGGAGAAGAAGGACAGGAGGAUCUCGUGGGGGGUGAACGGGGAGGAGGAGAGGAGGAGGGCAGCAGGAAAGAGACGUUUCUCUGAGGAGUUGAAACGCAGGAGACACACUGUAGCAGGAGACACGAGGGAGUCCAGUCGGCAGAUGCGGUCGUCAGUGGGCCGCAGCAUGCCGAAGAGCUCCAGCGUGAGCGGAGAGAUCUACACCCAGGAGCGCACCGACGGCAGCCAGUCAGACACGGCGCUGGGCACGGUGGGUGGCGGCAGCAAGAAGAGACGCUCCAGCCUCAGCGCGCGGGUGGUGGCCAUCGUUGGCAACCGACGCAGCCGCAGCACUUCACAGAUCAGCGGCCCCGAAGGGAAGAGUAAGAAGGAGAAGGGUGCACCCAUCCAGAGGAGCACAGAGACGGGAAUGGCAGUGGAGCUGACCAGGAACAUGAGCCGCCAGCCCAGCAGAGAGUCCAACAACGGCAGCAUGAACAGCUACAACUCUGAGGGAAAUUUGAUCUUCUCUGGAGUGAAUCUGGGUGCCAGCAGCCAGUUCAGUGACUUCCUGGAUGGUUUGGGACCAGCUCAGUUAGUGGGCAGGCAAACACUGGCUACUCCUGCAAUAGGUGACAUCCAGAUUGGUAUGAUGGAGAAAAAGGGUCAGCUGGAGGUGGAAGUCAUCAGAGCUCGAGGACUCGUCCAAAAGCCAGGAUCCAAAUCUCUCCCUGCUCCAUAUGUCAAGGUCUAUCUGCUGAAUAAUGGAGCGUACGUAGCCAAAAAGAAAACCAAGAUUGCACGGAAAACACUUGACCCACUGUACCAGCAAGCACUGCUAUUUGAGGAAAGCCCACAGGGUAAAGUCUUACAGGUGAUUGUAUGGGGAGACUACGGCCGCAUGGACCAUAAAAGCUUCAUGGGAGUUGCACAAAUCCUAUUGGAGGAACUGGACUUAUCAAGCACAGCCAUUGGUUGGUACAAGUUGUUCCCACCAUCCUCUUUGGUGGAUCCAACGCUUGCCUCUCUAACGCGGCGAGCUUCCCAGUCGUCACUUGAUAGCUCCUCCGGACCUCCGGGGGUCCGAUCCUAGUGGACCAACAGCUCUACACCGCUCGGCAAGCAAGAAACUCAUGAAGCGUACAGUAGAGAGAGUGAAAAAAUAUAUAUA